AUGAGCGCACCCAGGGGACAGCUGCCAAGCACAUCUCAGCAGCAUCAGGACCUUGUGAAUGCGGUUAUAUCGGUGCUUGGCACCCCAGAGCAGCCUACUACCGUGGCCAGCGUAUUCUCCAACGAGCGCAACCUUGCAACAGAGGUGCAAGCAUACGCCAAGAUCGCCGGCCGUGAUUGGACCUUCUACGUCAAGCAUCUCGUUGUUACUAUUGGCCGUAACACGGAUCCAGACGAUCAGUCAGUUGACAUCGACCUGGGCCCCGCCAAAGUUGUAUCGCGCAAACAUGCCACUAUCAAGUACAACCUGAACGACGGGUUUUGGGAGUUGCAAGUGCAGGGUCGUAACGGGGCCAAGGUCAAUUUCCACCGUGUGCCCGCAGGCCCUCAAACAGAGCCCGUUCAGCUGCAAUCUGGAUCGAUCCUUGACAUAGGGGGCACCCAAAUGAUGUUCAUCUUGCCUGACCAAGGUCCCUACGUGGAUCCUGGGGCCCUGGAUCAUUUGACACCUAAAUUAAAUGCUGCUUAUGGCUCCACCACAACCAAUCCAUUCCUCCAGGACUUACUCAAAGGUGUUUCCCAACCCAAGAAUGCUGUGAAGGCGUUCAGGAUGUACAAUAGCUACGAUAACCCAUCCGUGGCUCCCAGUGCACCCUCCUACGCGGGGCCUCAAAUGGGGGCCAGUUACGGCACUAUUAUGGAUCCAGGUUUCCCCUCAUCCAAUGAUAUCGCUUCCGACUUGUCGCGCGAUGAAAACAAGAAUGUCAAGCCUCCAUAUUCUUAUGCAACUAUGAUUACACAGGCCAUUCUAUCCAAUCCAGAAGGUGUUCUUUCUUUGGCCGAUAUUUAUAAGUACAUCUCCACCAAUUACGCGUAUUAUCGGUACGCGAAAACCGGUUGGCAAAACUCUAUCAGGCAUAACUUAUCUUUAAACAAGGCAUUUGAAAAAGUGCCUAGAAAGCCAAAUGAGCCAGGUAAGGGUAUGAAAUGGCGAAUCAGCGAGGACUAUCAAAAGGACUUUUUAGAGAAAUGGCAUUCUGGCAAAGUAUCCAAAGUAAGACGAGGGUCAUCGGUUGCAAGACAACUGCAGUUGCACAUGACCAAAUUCAAUUCUUUACCCAUACAGGGAAAUUACGGGAACAACGUAUCACAUUCACCAACACGUCAGUCCCCAUUGUAUCAGAAACAGGAGCAGCCACCACAGCAGCCACGGCAGUACGCACAUGACACUCAUCCGCAACAACAACAGCAACAACAACAGCAACAACAACAGCAACAGCAACGGCAACAGCAACAACAACAGCACCAGCCGCCAGCGUUGUCGCAAUAUAACACCCUUCGUCCACCUCCGCCGACUUUACCGCCAGCAUCCUCUUUGUCGCCAUUGACACAACAGAGGCCAAACUCACCUCUCCAAAUGCAGCCGCCUUUGAGUAUUCCUAUUCGCCAGCCGCCGAUUCAACAGCAGGUUCCGCAUGCAUCUUUUCCUCGCCCGGGCACACGAACAUCUCAAGGCACAUUGACUAGUAUACCCAGCUCUGCAUCCCGUUUGUCACCUGGACAGGACUCUCUUCUGCGGUCUCCAACAAAACCCUUUCAUAUUACACCGAUGGAAGCCUACACACCAGAACGGGGAAGUUCUCAAGUUAACAAAUCUCCGGUUAGCAAUGUCAUACCUCAAAUACAGGAAAGUAAGCCCGUAAGACAGGGAUCACUGACUGCGCAAAGCUCUCCAGGGGUUUGGAAUCUUUUACAGUUCAGUUCUGUUAACAACACACCAGCCGCUUUUAGAAACAUCGAAGAUGGGAAUCAGGGUGACCAGAAUAUCAAUGGACACUCAAGAUCAAUGUCUCAAGAACAAGGCAAUGCACGUACUCUACAAAUCAAGACCAAAUCAAAUGACGACAAGGCGAAGGGAAAUGACAGUAAUUCCGAUUUUGUCUCAUCUCCUAUCAAAUCCCACAGCCGUGACGAUACAGGCGGUGUUAAGGAGCUGAUGCUAGACACGGAAAGUGCCAAAAUUAGCGUUAUCGACCAAAACUGA